AUGGGGAAACUCCUCAAAGCCGACACUGCAGCGACUCCGGCACGCAGAGAACGGCGCGGCACCGGGAAGAGGACGCGCCAGCCCGCUCGGGCGUCUCUGAUUGGCCGCCGGCGUAGCUUGGAUCGCUGGGGGUGUUACGUCACAUCCGCCGGGCCCGCCAUCUUGUUCCCAGGGGCAGUUGGCGGAAGAGAUCGCGCUCCGGGGUCGCCGGCUUUGCCUUCUUGCCCGGAGUACUCGCAGCCCCGCAUCUCGGGGUGGCGGGGCGUCUGCUGUCUAGCCCCGGGAUCCGUUCGUCGACUUCCCCCCGCCCCGCCCUCCCGUGCCUCGCUUGGCUGGGGCAUAGCCACAGCGCGGGCCCCAGCUCCUGGGGCGGCGAUCCAUGGAGUAGGGUCCCGGACCGUUGUCCCGACGAGCGAGCGCGACCGAGCGUGGCCCCCUCCCCCGCCCGCCCUCCCUCCCUCCCUCCUCCAGCCGCGACAUGGCCAACAACAGCCCGGCGCUGACGGGCAACUCGCAGCCGCAGCAGCACCAGGCGGCGGCGGCGGCGGCGGCGGCGGGGCCGCCAAGCCCGCGGUGUCGGACGAUGAACCUCAACCCCAUGAUCCUGACCAACAUCCUGUCGUCGCCCUACUUCAAAGUGCAGCUGUACGAGCUCAAGACCUACCACGAGGUGGUGGACGAGAUCUACUUCAAGGAUUGACUCAGUCUUGCAGCGAGGCUCGGAGCAGCCCAGGGUCGCAGGUAGAGGUCACACAUGUUGAGCCAUGGGAGAAAGGAAGCAGAAAAACAGCUGGCCAGACGGGGAUGUGCGGAGGGGUUCGAGGUGUUGGAACAGGAGGGAUUGUUUCUACAGCUUUUUGCCUGUUAUACAAAUUAUUUACUUUGAAGUUAACUCGAAAGCAAGUGAUGGGUCUUAUAACACAUACAGACUCUCCAUAUAUUAGAGCCCUUGGAUUUAUGUAUAUAAGGUAUACACAGCCCCCUACAGACCUGUGGGACUGGUUUGAGUCUUUCCUUGAUGAUGAAGAGGACCUAGAUGUGAAGGCUGGUGGAGGCUGUGUAAUGACCAUUGGAGAAAUGCUUCGGUCUUUUCUCACAAAACUGGAGUGGUUUUCUACUUUGUUUCCAAGAAUUCCUGUUCCAGUUCAGAAGAACAUUGAUCAACAGAUUAAAACUCGACCUAGGAAAAUCAAGAAAGAUGGAAAAGAAGGUGCUGAAGAAAUAGACAGACAUGUGGAACGCAGGCGUUCAAGAUCUCCAAGGAGGUCUCUGAGUCCACGGAGAUCCCCAAGAAGAUCAAGAAGCAGAAGUCAUCAUCGGGAGGGCCAUGGGUCUUCUAGUUUUGACAGAGAGUUAGAAAGAGAGAAGGAACGCCAGCGGCUAGAGCGGGAAGCCAAAGAAAGAGAAAAAGAAAGGCGAAGAUCCCGAAGUAUUGAUCGGGGGUUAGAUCGUAGGCAUAGCAGGAGUAGGGAAAGGCAUAGGAGCCGCAGUCGGAGUCGAGAUAGGAAAGGGGACAGAAGAGACAGGGAUCGGGAAAGAGAGAAAGAAAAUGAGAGAGGGAGGAGACGAGAUCGAGAGUAUGAUAAGGAAAGAGGUAUUGAUCGAGAAAAGGAGAGGGACCGGUCCAGAGAACGCUCCAAGGAACGGAGAAGUAGGGGGGAGGUAGAAGAGAAGAAACAUAAAGAAGACAAAGAUGAUAGGCGGCAUAGAGAGGACAAAAAAGAUUCCAAGAAAGAAAAAAAACACAGUAGAAGUAGAAGCAGAGAGAGGAAACACCGGAGUCGGAGUCGAAGUAGAAAUGCAGGGAAACGAAGCAGGAGCAGGAGCAAAGAGAGAUCAAGUAAGCACAAAAAUGAAAACAAAGAAAAAUCAAAUAAACGAAGUAGAAGUGGCAGUCAAGGAAGAACUGACAGUAUUGAGAAAAAAAAACAACAUAGUCCCAGCAAAGAGAAAUCUAGAAAGCGUAGCAGAAGCAAAGAACGUUCCCACAAACGAGAUCAUGAUAGUAAGGACCAGCCAGACAAGCGUCGGAGGAGCCAAAGUGUUGAACAAGAGAGCCAAGAAAAGCCACAGAAAAACAAAGAUGAGACUGUGUGAAGAUUUUUGUAUAAGUGGAUCACAUUGAAUCCUAUCAACAUUUGAUUAAAUCUGCUUUUUUUUCCCCUGAGUUGAAAUUGUGCAGUAGUUAAACUCUUCAAGCUCUCCAUAGGCUGCAUUUUCAUUUCUUCAUUUGGUGUAGGGAAGUGCCUUUGUAAUCCCAUUCAUUGCAUUGACAUUUUCACCCAGUUGAGUUGAUGAUACAUGAUGCACAGAAUGUUCUUGCAUUUUUAUUGUUUGGUUGUUGUUGUUUUUUUUAAGAUGUACAGUCUGUACAUAUGUCCUGAAAUGUUUUAAUUCCUUUAGGCAUGGUUGCCAUGUUGGUUAAAUUUGUAUAAGGCAAUAAACUGCCGCUACUUAUAUUUUUUUGUAGGUGUGGGAUUAUGGUUGUGUACUGAAGUUAGCAUGGCUGUGCUUUCAUAAUAGAAUGCUGAAGACUUUGGGAAUGGAUCUUGGAUGUCGUCUUCUAGGAGAGUUGUGUUUUCAGUGUACAUGAAGGCGACAAUUGUAGGCUUAACAAUUCUUGUCCACUGUAUAUUAUCUUGAAAGGCUCUUGUUAAUAUGUUGUACUUAAUAUUCUCCACAGUUAACUUUAGAGAGAAUUUAUAAGAAGUUAGUUUCUGAUGCAGAAGUUUAAAUUAGGCUGUGAUUGGAUCAAGUCCUUUUAGCAUUCUACCUCAAAGGGACAUUUAGUAUGCCUAAAACGUAUUCACUUAGUUAUCCUUUUUUAUUUGAAAACUACAUGUAACCUUUUUUUUUCCUUGAUUCUUUCUCAGAUUUUUAAAGUACUAUAUUAAAAAAAAUUAAUGUCUAAAGCCUAGCAUUCUUGGAGCAACCCUGUACUAAUAUGUAAUUGGGAGAGGGUGGGGCAGAUGAAUAGAGAAACAGAUUCAAGCCUCAAGCUUCCAAAGCAUUUUUAUAAGUGGAAAAUACUUAAAUUAUGAAACAGCUUGAUAUAGCAUCCUUUUUUAAAACUAAACUUUUUUUAUUGAUAAUGAAGAUUGCUGUUUUGUUUUUAAACAUAAUAUAGAACAAUAUUAAAAGUAAUGCUGUGCUGCAUUAUUUAAGACUAUCAGCAAAUUGAUAGAUUGUUCUUAUGACCUGUAUUCUGAGAACUAUCAUGAGUGUGGAAUAAAUACUGGAUUAAAUCCUUUA